UACGCUUAGCCUAUACAAUUUUUUUUAACAUCUUGACAUCGCGUUCGGUCUAUUAAUUCUUGCGGUUUUUUAACCAAAAUCUGAUGGAUGUGAGAUCUGUCACGUAAUUGCGACAUUAGCGAUUAAAACGGUUAGAUUAGAUACGUCUUCGUUGUUUAACGAGAGUUUGUUUGAACAUAUAUUAAGGAAAAAAAAUAUUUAAAAAAUGAGCGAACUCGUUUGGGGAAUAAAAAAUGGUGAUCUCGAGCAAGUUCGGGAUAUCGUUGAGAAUAAGAAUAUCGAUGUAAAUCAAAUGAUCGAUGGAAGAACACCAUUGCAUUAUGCUGCAGAUUAUGGACAAUACGAUGUAGUAAGAUAUCUUUUGGAAAAGGGUGCGGAUGCUAAUGCUACAGAUAAACAUGGGAUAACAACAUUACUCGCUGCAAUUUGGGAAGGUCAUACGCACUGCGUUAAGCUAUUAUUAGAAAAAGGUGCUAGACCGGAUGGAUUAACUCCUGACGGGACAAGUUAUUUGAAUGCUGCCGAAAAAGAAGAAAUUAAACAACUUCUCAGAAUGCACUAGCAGAAAUCCAAACGUAUAUAAGGCGAUAACUUUUUUUAUUCUAGUAUGUUAAAAUGUUCUUAAAUAUAAUAUCCGCGAUUGCUUUGUUUUUAA